AUGUAUGCAAGCAAAUUAGCUAGCGAAGGAAUUCGUUAUCUUGGCAGUCUUCAACUACAUGAAUUGUGCCAACUUCAGGAAGAACUUGACACACUAUGGAACAAUGGAAAAGCGAUAGUAUCAAACAAUCUAUACGAUAAAGUGGUUGAUGGAAUCAAUUAUGAAAUCGCACAAUUAACCAAUGAUCCCUACAAUUUUGUUAUGACGAAAACCGAUUUAGAAGUGAAAGAUCUUGUUGAUUAUUUUAGUCAACGUCAAGCACAAGGACAAUCUCGCAUUGGUAAUUCUAUUUUGGGUAUCCUACAAAAAGAAUUAGCACUUCGAAAUGAUACAAUUGUUGAUCCAACCAUUCAAUUUCCUUCCCAUUGGACUAAUACGUCCCCAAGUGACUCAUCAGUGCAAUUGAUUCCACUCACUCAAUCAUCUCAAGAAUUUCAAGAGGUAUCUAAUUAUUUUAUUAAAUCACUUGGACGUCCAUCUACAGUGAUCUAUUCAAUUAUUCGAAUUCAAAAUAUUCGAUUGUGGAAUAUUUAUCAACAAGUACAACAAAAAAUUCAAUGUACUAGUACACGUCUUAUUCAUGGUACUGCUUCGUUAUCACAACAAAAAUUGAUUACUUUUCAUGGUUUCUAUUGGAGUUAUUGUCCGAACGGUCUCAUCGGUGAUGGGAUCUAUUUUGCUUUAAAUGCAAGCUAUUCAAAUAAUGAUCCAUAUGUGAUGAAAAAGACUCCUCAUCGGCGUGAACUUUUUAUUUGUCAAGUACUACUUGGACAAACGACACUAGGUAAAAAUGGUCUUCAAUCACCGCCACAAGGCUUUCAUGCAGUACACUUUUCCAAUACACAUCAGAUCGAUGAAUUUUGUAUUUUCAAUCAUUAUCAAGCAUAUCCUGAAUACAUAGUUCAAUACGAUUAUGAAUAA